AUGUCGGAAAUUUCUGCUUUAAAGUCUUAUCUCGAUGAACAAUUUAAGAUAAAGGAUUUGGGCACCUUGCACUAUUUUUUGGGCAUUGAGGUAUCUCCUACUCCUGCUGUGGUCUUUCCUCUUGACCUUAGUUUGAAAUUACAAGCUGCUAAUGGUGACUUGCUUCCAAAUCCAAAAGUGUAUCGGAGCCUUAUUAGCAAGUUCAAUUUUUUAACUCAUACCAUGCCUGGCCUGAGCUUUGUUGUCCAGCAUCUCAGUCAAUUUCUCCAAUCUCCUCGAGUUCCGCAUUAUUCUGUUGCUUUACAUCUGCUGCGCUAUCUCAAAGGUACAUCUGGUAUGGUAUUGUUUUUAAUAAUUCUUCAGACUUUUCUUUACAUGGCUAUUGUGACAGUGACUGGGCUGCUUGCCCAGAUUCUCGCAAAUCAGUGA